AGUGGGCGUAUCGGGAAGCAGCUGCGACAGCUCUCCAACCAGCACACCCCGAGACUAGCCGAGCUAACAUCACUAUAACAACGGCGUGAAAGUGAUGGAUCCAUCUGGUUGAACUGAUCCACAGACAAGUCCACGCUCUUUAGAUACCAACGAAGGAGACUCACGCUUUUUUGUGACCAACUGCUGCAUCCAAACAGGCUCGAUAAUGGAGGGCCAAGUGACAAUAGUCACCAACCCCCUUGUGAAUGUGCGCAUUACCAGCACCAUCUACGCCGUGGAGGUUCAGCGCAGGUUCAAUAGAGGGCUGUGCAUCGCUGACCUUAAGGGAAAGUUGGAGAUGGCUGUGGGCACACCUGCCUCCUGCAUGGAUCUGGAGUUAUUCAGUGUCUCAGACAAGUUUCUGCUGAAAAUGAAUGACAAUGACGCUUUGCUGGGCUCCUAUCCUGUGGAUGAUGACUGCAGAAUACAUGUUAUUGAUAAUAGUGGACAACAGAUGGGCGAGUUUACUGAUGUUUCCCAAGUGGAGAGGUUUGAACUCUCAGACCAAGCCUAUGAAAAAAGAACAGACUCAGCAAGGUCGUUCAUGAAGAAACAUCGCGUGGGUCGCUUCAAUGAGGAAGAAACAGCCAAGAAGCAAGAAGAGAACGCUGCUCGUGAGAACAAACAGAAGGCUGCUGCUGAGGCCAUUUCUGUUGGCAACCGAUGCCAAGUGCAGGUCCCCGGGCAGCCCACAAAGCUUGCAUCGGUCAUGUAUGUUGGUACAACAGAUUUCAAGCCAGGCUUCUGGGUGGGUGUGAAGUAUGAUGAGCCCCUUGGAAAACACAAUGGAACUGUUGAAGGGAAGCAAUACUUUGAUUGUGAGAACAAAUAUGGUGCAUUUGUGAAGCCCCUGAAUGUGAUGGUGGGAGACUUCCCAGAGGAGGAUUAUGGUUUAGAUGAGAUGUAGGACUCUGUCGUUAAUCUGCCCUGAAAUUAAAACUUCAUGCUCAAAGCUACAGUGUGUAAGAUUAAGUGAAAUCUAGUGGUGAAGUUGCAUGUUUCAGCUCAAUAACCCUCACCUCACCCCCCAGUCCAAACAUGAGAGAGAACCUGUGGUAGCCGUUAGUUGUCAUAAAAAUGUAUUCUGGUCUGGAUUACUUUAAAAAACACUGCUGCCUCUUUAGAGAGGACCCACUCCUGAUGUAAAUAUGAAGUAUUUAAAUAUAAAAGGCUCAUUCUAGGGUAAAGAAAAAUACAGUUCAUACAAUGUAGAUGAAACAUGAGUGAAAACAUCACUAGGAUUAUUUCAAUUCAAUUUCUGCAAAUAGAUCCUAUUCACCUAAAUCUUACACACUGAACCUUUAAGGUAUCCAUUCAUCAACCUGGAGAGGAAGAGGAGCUUUUUUUAAAUAUUUGUUGGUUUUUCUCAUCCUACUCUGGAAGGUUUGUUUCACAGGAGUAGAUCACACCAACAAGGUUUCAACAGAGCAUUUCUUCAUGAUAGACAACAUAAGGAAGUUUCAUAUGUAGCUUUUCACUGAGCACACUUUCUUGCUUUAGUUGUACUUGUUGAUCCCUUGCAUUCUGAAGAUUGAUGGCAUCUGACAACUAUUUUCUCAUGAUUCAUUUUAUAUUUCUGUUUACAAAGAUGAUUGUAUAUAAUUUUUUACAGUCAACUGUAGUCUGAACAGAUUUGAAGACUGUAAAUUGCUAAGUGAGUGGUCUGAGGAUUGGGCGACUGUACUGAAGGAAAAAUGUCCUGGAAAAUAUUUUGACACUAAAACAAGAGCAGCUUGUAUCCCUGACAACUGUGACAUUCAAUUGAUCUGAACUGGAAACAUUUUUUGAAAUUCUUUAUUAAAAACAGUCCCCUAAUUUUUCAGGAACAAUAUGUCAGACAAGAAAAUCAUCAAAGGAUUUUGAGUCAGGGCAACCUCUCUCACCUUGUUGACCAAUUAUCUUCCUAUAUACAGUAAUUGAUGAUUAUAUAGGUGGAUAAAAGUGUCAUGGUAGGCAAUGGUAUAUAUUUCCUUUCUAAAUGGCUUUUUGUGUUUGUAUGUGUAUUGUAAAACAAUACUCCAUUGUUUUUUUUUCUCAUUGAAUUCCUCUUGUCAAAUAUUAAAUCGUCUGCACUUUAAUGUAUCCAGCAAAGUUUCACAUUUCCGGAUUAAAAUUUGAAGUCUACUCGAUUUAUCCAAAUGCAGUCCAUCAGAUCAAAUGUAUUUAUUUAAUUUGCUCCUCUGUACACAAAUUAAUUCAAUUGUUAUGGAGAGUUACUCUUCAAAAUCUUGUCAUUGGAUGCUGAUCAUGUCUUGAGUUCCUAAUUAUUUCUCAGUGUGUUAUUGAUUCAAAACUUUUUUAAAUAGUAAUGGUACAUGCCCUGUAAUAGGCCUGUAGGGGAAACAAUGCUACUAUACCCCAGAGUGGCUGUUCUGUUAUGUUAGCAUAUACUUCAGAUGGCUGCGUCCUUUGUAUGAAACCAGUGACUGAUCAGGAUUUCACUACAUUUUACAGGAUUGGGGAGUUGAAGAUGCAAAGUAAUUGUUAGAGUUGUAGUUUCAAUGUACUGGAAUUUGUUCAAUAGUUACUUUCACAAGAAAAAAAAAUAUGAUGAAUUACACAACUCAAAUAGAGAAUUUCAAAUAUAGGUCACAAUGAGCUUCAACAAAGUAACCAGCUGGGCUUCAAUGAGUAGUAUAUUUGACCGACAGCCAGAACUCAUUGUUUAUAUUCAAUGAAAUGCUAAUACCACAUAUUCACAUAUGUUCUGUUUUCCUUUAAAAAGAGGCUCUGGUCAUCUCUAAGGUGCUGGUUUACAAUGUGCCAACUGGUAAUGCAUAAUAAAAAUAAUUUGUCACUACAGUA